CAGGCCGGGCUCGGGGGCGCGGCGGGCCCCCCCCGCGCGGUGCCGCGGUGGGCACGCCCGGAGCCGCCCGCAGGCCGGGGCGGAACGUGCGGCGGGCGGGCAGCGAUGGCGGCGGCCGAGGUGGCGCGGCAGGGUGAAGGCUGUCGUACUGUCCCGCUUUCUGGACACGUAGGAUUUGAUAGUUUGCCUGACCAGCUGGUUAAUAAGUCAGUUAAUCAUGGGUUUUGUUUCAACAUCCUGUGUGUGGGGGAAACUGGCCUUGGUAAGUCCACCCUCAUGGACACCCUUUUCAACACCAAGUUUGAAGGUGACGCAGCAUCUCACUCACAGCCUGGAGUCCAGCUGAAAUCCAGUACUUAUGACCUGCAGGAGAGCAAUGUCAACCUCAAGCUGACAAUUGUGAGCACAGUGGGCUUUGGGGAUCAGAUCAACAAAGAAGACAGCUAUAAACCCAUCGUUGAGUUCAUUGAUGCUCAGUUUGAAGCCUACUUGCAAGAAGAACUGAAGAUAAAAAGGGUCUUGCACAACUACCAUGACACCCGGAUCCACGCUUGCUUGUACUUCAUUGCUCCGACAGGCCAUUCCCUGAAAUCCCUGGACUUGGUAACGAUGAAGAAGCUCGACAGCAAGGUGAACAUCAUUCCCAUCAUUGCCAAAUCUGAUGCCAUUUCCAAGAGUGAGCUGACCAAGUUUAAAAUUAAAAUCACAAGUGAACUGGUCAGUAAUGGGGUGCAGAUCUACCAGUUCCCAACAGAUGAUGAAUCAGUGGCGGAGAUAAAUGGGACAAUGAAUGCCCACUUGCCAUUUGCAGUGAUUGGGAGUACGGAGGAGCUGAAAAUAGGAAACAAAAUGAUGAAAGCUCGUCAGUACCCUUGGGGCACAGUGCAGGUGGAGAAUGAAGCUCACUGCGACUUUGUGAAGCUGCGGGAGAUGCUGAUCCGCGUGAACAUGGAAGACCUGCGUGAGCAGACCCACACACGCCACUAUGAGCUCUACAGGCGAUGUAAACUGGAAGAGAUGGGUUUCAAGGACACUGAUCCAGACAGCAAACCCUUCAGCUUACAAGAAACUUAUGAAGCCAAAAGAAAUGAGUUUCUGGGAGAACUGCAGAAAAAGGAAGAGGCAAUGAGACAGAUGUUUGUCCAGAGGGUCAAGGAAAAAGAAGCAGAGUUGAAGGAGGCUGAAAAAGAGCUGCAUGAGAAGUUUGAUCGCCUGAAGAAAUUGCAUCAAGAUGAAAAGAAGAAGCUAGAGGAUAAGAAGAAGUCUCUGGAUGAUGAAGUAAAUGCAUUUAAACAAAGGAAGACAGCAGCUGAAUUGCUUCAGUCACAGGCUCAGCAGGCUGGAGGAUCGCAAACUCUUAAAAGGGAUAAGGAAAGGAAAAAUUAGCUGCUGUUUGGCUGCAUGGUGCAUGAGGCACAUUGUCCUGUAACCCAUGGCUCUGUACUGAGUAAUUACCCCUGAAUACAAUGGCCUGGAAUGGACCUUCAUUUACUUGUUAAAUCGGAGGGUCUAAUAAAACAUGACAGCAUUUCAGCUGUGACCUUUCCAGGGUGUUCUCCUAUGUCCUCGUUGUGAUUCUGUCUUUACUAUGUAAUGGUGGUCAUUGCUUUUAUUAAACAAUGUAAGAUUAGUCAUAACAAGAUUCUGGAUGCUACAACUUUAAAUCCUGCAAUAUUUUUUUUCCUCUACAAUUAAUGGAUUCCCCUUUUUUCUGGCCUCGUUCCACCCAGUUGAAUAAGGGAUAUGGAAAUAAGUUCUGUGAAUUAUUUUUGCUGGCGAAAUAACAAUGCAGUUUAAAUAUAUUUAUUGAUGACAUUAAAAUGACAGCAUCAGUUUAAUUAUCACGUAGUUCAGAGAUAAAACACUUUUUUCUCAUUAUAUUUGGUGUCAUUUUCAUGACAUCAUCUGUCUUUUUUCAUUUGCUUUUAUUUUUUUCUUUUGCUAAUCCAUGCUAUCUGAAGACUAGCAUGUAAAUCCUCGUUUCCAUUUCAAACUUGCUUGUUGUGAGCCCGAUCCUUCAGUCGCGCUGUGGGCAGGCUCAGUGCUCUGUGUGUGGUGAAUCCACACGUCCUGCCCCUGCUGAAAGAUCAGACACGUGCUGCCUCCACAAACCCCCUCCAAAUACUGGGGUUUUAGAAGAUAAGCACACGUCAGGCCUAGCCCUGAUAGGUGAUGCUGUUUAGUGCUGAGGUUUUACUGAGCAGGGCUCUGGGUGAUGCCACAGGCUCAGGAGCAGUUUCAGCACAGGCUCAGCCUGGCUCCUGCUCACAGCAGCAGCCCCAGGUCAUGGCCUCUGUUCCCAGCAGUGAGGGCAGUCCAGACUCUGGAUUGCAAUGUAUUUUCUCAGGUAUUCUCUUUCCCAUAAAUACAAUUUCAUUUCCCAUAGAGCUCUUUAAUUGCAUUGUGGUUUAUUUGGGAAUUUUUUGGAAGUUAAAAUUUGAAUAUUUUCUUCUUCCUCUACUGUUGAAUGUUGCCCUGCUCUCAAAACCAGCCAGCAUCAAUCUGUCAAUGACUUCUAGAUUAUCUGCUAAAAGGACAAUUGAAUGUGACUUUUUUAUCAUACUGCAGGUUACUGUCUGUUCUUCCUGACCAUUUGCCUUAUUAGAAUGUUAUUUAAAGUUACGUGAAACUCUUUAAAGACUUUAAAGAAAAAAAAAGGUUUUUACUUGUGUGAUUUCCCUGAGGUAACACAAGGAGGUUCCAUCUCUCCUCUGUCAGCUUUUUCAAUGUUGCAUCUCUUUUUCUUGCUUUUUGAAUGUCUUUCUCUUUUUUGCUAAUCUUCUGUUUUUUCUCUUUUUUCCCCUUUUCUCUC